CUUUCCCUCAAGUUCAGGGCCGAUCACUUUCUUGCAUUUUCUCGGCGUUUUUCUCUCCCGCCAAACACUUCAUAAUAUUCUCCUCGGUGACUCCGAAUCAGUCCGAUCGCCAGAGAUUUUAUCUCGCCUUUAACCGAUCUUUUUCACUCGCCACUGUGGCGUCUUAUGAGAUAGUGGGCAUAAAUUUCCUGUGUGCAUAAAUGCCGGCUGCAAAACUGAAAGCCUCUAACACCACAGAUGUGGUGAAAGCAGAGGAAGGAAAUGAGUCUCUAGACACUUUGAUCAAACAAGCGAUUGGAAAAGAGCCUCUUCUUUCUUUCUCUAGAAAUGGGGACAGCUCAGUUCAGUGGAUCCAGUUACUCCAAGCUUUGGAUCAGCAAGAACUGCCUGGUUGGCCUUUGCUUUCUACACCUAUGAAGAUACAGCUCCAGAAAUGUGACAAGUGUUCCCGAGAAUUCUGUUCCACUAUUAACUAUAGGAGACAUAUUCGUGUCCACCAUCGGUUGAAAAAGCUUGAUAAGGAUUCUUCCAAAAACAGGGAUCUUUUAGGAGCAUUUUGGGAUAAGCUUUCUGUGGAUGAAGCAAAGGAAGUUGUAUCAUUCAAUAAUGUGACCUUGGAGGGAGUUACAGGGUCUUCUAUUAUAAAGUCACUGACUGCAGUUAUUCGGAAACCUGUAUAUGCUUCUCUCCCUCAAGUUUGUGUGAGGGCUGGUUCUGCCCUUCUGGAUAUUGUUCAAGCUAGGCCUUCCAGGUUUCCUUUAUCUUCCCAAGAACUAUUCAACAUCCUUGAUGAUGCUAGUGAAAAGACAUUCCUAUCUGGGAUAGCAGUAUCAAUGCAAAAAUAUAUAUUUGAUGGUGAAGCUGGGAAGAUUGGUCUUGAAACAAGGAACUUGGUUGCAUGCACAAGCUUUCUGGUGGAACAGAUUUUGGUCAAAGCAUGGCUAGCUGAUAAGGAUGCAGAAGCUUUAAGGUGCCAGAAGUUGUUAGUGGAGGAGGAAGAAGCUGCUCAGAGAAGGCAAGCAGAGAUCUUGGAAAGGAAAAGACAGAAAAAGCUGAGGCAAAAGGAGCAGAAAGCAAAAGAGCAGAGACAUGGGGAGAAGGCAGACGAUAAGGAGAGCACUGAUGGCACAUCAGAGUCUGUGCCUCCACUAGAAACAUCCAGUCCUCUGGCUACAUCUGAUUCUGACGCACACAAUGAGGAUGCAUUGCUAGAUCAGGUUCCCUCAUCUCUUGAACCCUUCCAAUUUGCAGACUCUGAUGAAGAUGUGGAUUAUGAAGUUCAGGCCGGGUCUGGCAAUGGUUAUGCUGAUUUAGGCCCUGGGCAGAAUAUUGAACGACAGAUGAUACAAGGAAGUGGCCGUCGGCAUAUGGUUGUUAUUCGACGGCAUUUGCCAUCAAAAUCACGAGGUAUGCUCAAUGUUUUUCAUGCCAAUCAAAAUUCUCAUGCAUUGAAGCUUGGAGGAGUGCAAAAACGUGGAAAUAACAGGGAUUUAAGGGCUGCUCCAAUAGUUGGUGGCAAUAAGGUUUGGAGCCGGAAACCAAAACCAGAAAAUGAUUACGGGAAUCUGAAAACGAGAGUACUGAAAGAAUCCAUAAACCAACCCCAAGAAGACAAGGACCAUGAGGUUUUGAUUGGCUCUAUAUCUGUCACACUUGGACAUUGUGAUCAUAAUGAGGGUAAAACUGUGGCUGAAGCCCAAGAUGAUUGCAUGGAAGAGCAUCACAUGCCAAAAAAGAAUAAUGUUACCGAGAAGCCCAUUCAGUGUGGCACAAGCAGGUCAACAGUUAAGUGGAGGCCAGUUAGCCGGCGUGGGACUAAGGGUCCUGCCCCAGUUCAAAAUGGAUGUAGAGAAUCCAAAGGGGAUGUGAAUGUUGAACAAGCCAAUUAUCAGACCCUAUUGAGUGAAAGCUGUCUUAGAUUGUCCAUAGAUGAUAAUAAUGGUGGGCUUGGGAGUUCUACUUCACUCAUGGAGGAGAGUAUCUGUCCAGGAAGCAUGCAGUUUAAUAGGCAUGCUGCAAAAGCCUUUCUAUCAGAGAGAUGGAAGGAGGCAAUUGCAGCCGAACACGUGAAAUUGGUUCUGCCGCCGGCUUCCGAAUCUGGUGGGUAUCAAGAGUUUGAGAGUGACUAUCAAGUAACAGUAAUUCAGUCAUCAGAGUCUCACAAACGGUUGGCUAACGCUGGAGCUCUCGAGUCUUCAACAGCAACCGGAGCUUCUGCUAAACCCAAGUUUAGAACAAAACCAGACAAAGGUCCCAAGAUAAAGUAUAUUCCCAAACACAGAAUCCUCACCUGAAGAGAAAGAGAUGCGAUUUCUUUAGCUAUAGAAAUGUGCACAGUUUUAGUAGCCCACCAUAUUUUUAGCAGAGGUUCCAGUUUUUCUAGUGGUCUUCUGUCAGGAAAUUAUAAAAAAAAAAAAAAA